CAAAAGCAUUAGAGAUUUCGUCAAUUUGUGACUUGGACCACUCUUUUUAGGGGUGGCUAUACGGUCCGGUGCGGUUAAAUUUGACCAAAUUGAUCCGGCACUAAUUCGGUCUUUUCGGGAAUAUAAGGACCAAAUAUUGGAUUGGAUACAGUCCGGUCUUGAUCCGGUCCAGUCCCAAUUCUAUCUUGAUUUUAGGUGUUGGGGUCUCUUAUCCGGUUUUUUACCUCAAAUCUAAGCCCGAAUAUGAGAUUGCAUUAUUUGCUAUCCGGUCCCAGUCCGGUCUCGGUCCGAUUUCAAGUAAAACCAAAUAGUCCGGGACCAAAUAGCCAGCCCUAACUCUUUCUUCUUCGGUAGUACCGUGUCCAUAUGUACCGAUGUACGUGAGUGCAUAACUGGUUGCCGAAUGACCCAUGUGAAAUUAAACUAUAUGCUUUUGUGUCGGCGGCUUGUUCUUCCACAGUCCAGCUUUUGGCAACUCAGUGCAACGUUGUUGAUUCGUCUGUUAAAAUGUGGAAGCAUUCUUGAACCCCUUAGUCCAAAGAUAAUGCUAGUUUUGGCUGCCGACUUCGGACUCUUCAUAGAUAUCAACGGUGGGGUUUCUUCACUUCCCUUCUUCCGUUUCCUUCUUCGCAUAAUCACAUCUAUGUUGUCCUCUCUCCCUCGUCCCUACCCAACCCACCUACCCACUAGAGCUAUCUAACGGUACGGUCUUGGUACGGAUCGAAUCAUGAUAAUUACGAUUCAAUAGUAAAAAAGAUCAUAGAACCAAGAACUGGACCAUCAUUGCAUUCGGCCUGAUUUAAUUUUCCGUAUGAUCUCGCCCAAAUGUCGAUUUAGUCCGGUGCAAUCCGAUAUGGAUUAAACUGUUGCACACGUGCUCCUGCCGUCUUGCCAACCUAAGGUGUGAUCGCUUUGCAUGUAGAAAUAGGAGUGUGCAACGGUUAGGUCAACACCAGAAUGUACCGGCCCAAAAGAUUGUCCGGACCAUAUCAUGUCAGACGUCUUCAACGGUUCUUGGUUACAUGAAUUUUAUAAAUACUGAAAUAAGAUGAACAAAACUAAACCGGAGUUAUCUGAUUCUUGGUCAUAUAAAUUAUUUUCUGCUGGACCGGAGUUCUCAUGUUUGUCUGGUCUGACCAGACUGAACCGGUGCAAAGAGAGAUGGAUAGGGUGUUAUGGGCUUGGCUGUUUGUUGGGCUGAGACCCAUAUAGUUUUUACUUUUUAGUGAGCUCAAGCAAUUUGGGCUGAAAUGAGUUACUGGACCCCCGCUUCGUGUAUAAACAGGCCUACAAGGCCCAUCUGGGUAUUUGCCUUUACCGUUUUCCCAUUUCUGAACCGCAGGAGAGCGAAGACGAGAAGAGCCCUGGUGAGCGGAGCACCAUAGGUCCAUAACAGCUCCCAAUUCCAUCUGAUCUGACCCUCAAAAGUCCAAUCCUCCAUUUCCACCCCCCACAGAAAAUUGAAAUCCUCCCGCCAAAAAGCCAGAAUGACGAAGUCUAGAGACCUCCAGACUCCGCUCAAGGAACUCUCGCGAGCUUCUGAAACCGCGAAUCGGCGAUCGAAGGAAUCUCAAUCCAAGAAGCCUCGAAAUGUUGCUAAACGGAGCUUGACCGGUGAGUUCACCACCAUCUCUGAAGACGCGUCGAUCGAAACCGCUGGCGAUGGCAGCGGUACGUCGGAGGUACUAGACGCGGAGCACAACGACGAGCUGGUUAAGAACUCUUUGAUGUUGAGUCCAGUUCUGUCCGCCACAUCAAAGAUAUCUCCUCCAUCCUCUGAUGCCUCUCUAACUUCGAAGGUGAACAAAGUUUCUCCUAAUGGAGCUGACAAACUAGUCGAUUUAGCUAAUCGGCCUGCAGAAGCAGCAAUCAUUAUCGGGCUUCUAAGAAUGGUCCAACUGGAUGCUCCCGAAUCCAGUGAUGCUAAUAAGCGAUACACGAAGAUUCUGAAAGAGUUGGCUAAGGUCGUUGCAGAUGAGUAUUAUGAUCUUCCUGAAGAGAGAGUCUGGCUGAUGAAGUUUCUUUCAGGGAGACGGGGAGUCUUGUUUCUGUGUUUGUUGAAUUGGAUCUCCGUAUUUUGCAUGCUGGUUUUCUUCAAUGCUGGAUGUGGUGCUGGCUCUGACUCUGGAAUUGCCCCAACUUGAGGCAAAAUCUGUGUUUUAAGGUACAAAUUCGAACACUGGCUUUACUUUGCUUCUCAAUGAGAUUUAGUUACAUAGUUUAGCCUUGCUAUUUGCAUUUGGUGAAUCUGUUGAACUAAUUACUUUCUACGAUAGGAUUCCUGAUUACAUAAUUGCCUUAGACGAGAGACAAGGUUAGUAGCUUAUUACGAACCCGAUUCGUACUGAAUUGAGGACUUCUUUUUGGGAGUAAGGCCAGGAUGGUUGUGGCCUGUAUUGUUGAUCAGUGUUUAGCCAUUCCUGCAGCAUGUAGCUCAUUGAACUUUAAGUGAACGAAUUAAGUGUAUUUGGAAUUUAGAACAUCCCUUUUGUUUUGUUAUCUGUACAGGAACUCAGGCUUGAAUGUUAUCAGCUGGUUAAUACUUCGGGUUUUCGUAUUUAAGAGUAAUUGCAUGUAAUUAGCCCUCCAGUUUCGUAUAAUUUUAAGUGGAUAGCUGAUCACCAUAAAACAUAAGGUUGAAGAAGAUUGUUGAAACUCUGACCUGGCACUAUUUUCCGAUUAGGAAACUAAAUUGUUAAUCAAUUCAGGAUAAUGGUUGGUUGGUCGAAUUAACAAGAUCGAGUUUCUUUCAAAUUGUUAUGAUAGGUCUUCUUAAAUUUGGACAGCUGCAGUAUCAAGUAUCUUUCCUCUAGAAUUGCUGUCUUGCUAUUAUUGCUAAAUGACAAGGUUAUGGGGGGGUCAUCAUUGGCUCAUUUGAUGAAAGUGGUUUAAGUGUAAGAGGGCUGGCUGAUUAAGAAAUCUGGGAUAGUUAGCUAGUUAGACAGCUCUCGAUAUUAAGGGUUCAAACUUAUAACCUGAAAUAGACUUCUUGGGGUUAUUCGAAUUCCUAUAGCACAAUCCUUUUGCGCCUUGGGUAGUGAGUUUUUAUUCUGUGUCCUUAUCAUUCUUGAAUGCAAGACAUGUAGAAACUAGAAUGACCGCCUAAGUCAGUGUUGCCCCCACCGGAUUCUUGUAUGUGUAUACGACUGUCUGUAUUCAUGUUGGACCGCUUUGAAAAAUGUUUCCUUGUUCUUCCCUUUUGUGAUAAAAAAAAGCUUCAUAAGAGCUCUGAGUUCUUUUCUGAUUAUGAAACUUUCUAGUCCAGUUUCACAUAACGCCAAAGAUUCGUUGUAGUCCACCCAAAAAUUGGUCCAAGUCUGUUCAAUUAAAGAAUAAACACCACCUUUUGGCGUUUUGGUUUUUUCCGUUCAGUGAUAUAGGUAGCAUUCUCCAAACGAAAAGCUUAGUUGUAAAGCUCGGUGGUCUCUAGGUGAAGGCAUAUCUACUCUCUUCCACUACUUAGACUCACAGGGUAAUUUGGUACGACGUUCCAGUGGAGUAAGUUGUUUUUGUCUUGCAUUAGAAUUGCAAUUUGCUACAGAGACUCAUUUCAGAACCGUAAAACCUUCAAUGUCAUUUGUAGAUUUCGGUAGGAGAUUCGAUGAUCCAUCAGAUUAGAAAGGUUAGUCUGGAGGCCAAGAUUGAGUCGUAGAUUUUACAGAAACGCAUAAUAUUCAUGGUCACCAUUUAUUUCCAGCUACUAAGAUGCCUUAACUAUGCUAUCAUUAACUUUAGUUUCAUGAUGUUUAGGGCUGAAAGAAUGCUUACCAUCAUGACCUGACUGUAAUCUGCUACUGCGUCUCUCCAGCAUGCUUGAUGUCAAGCUGUGUUCCUUUUGCUUCCUUGUAGUUGUAGCGCUAUAUUGUUGACUAGAAUGAUUUUGUCAAACCCAAACUCACAGCUUGAUCCCUUUUUUUUUGUUGCUUAAUUUCAAAAGUCAUUGGCUUCUACUGCUUACUAGAUAUGGUCGUAUGUGAUAAUGACCCAAAGUCUCACUUAAACGUGACAGGUUUUUUCAGUUGAAGAAGCAGUCAGAGAGAUGAUGAAGAAGAAUUUGUAGCAGCUGAAUGUGUUCCAGACUUCCAGUUCUCCACUCCAUCCGUUAUUCAAGUCUUCAGAAACAGGUUGGUUGGAACUUUGAACACGAUUAUCCUCCAUUUGACUUUCACAGUAAAUUUACAUUGCAUCUUGUCAUCAAACUCGGAAACACAUCGAGCUAUGCCUAAAAUUUGACCAACAAAAACCAAAGAUUGCUUUCGAUGCCAUAGCAAUCUAAGAUUCUUGUUUCCGCGAACCAUUUCGACAACGAAUUGAGUUUCCAUUUGGUAUGAUUGAAACACACUUUUUAAAAAAUUUAGGGGCUGGAAGAGGAAGAAACCCUUCAAAUUUGAGGCAUGCCUUUUUCACCAACAGCCAACCUAAACCUGCCAGUACAGAGAUUCUCCAUUGAUAAUAUUUAGUAUUUGAAUCCUCUCAAUCAUUCAUUCUUUCACCAUCUCCUCCCAUAUGCAAAUAAUUGCAUCAUUUUCUCGGAGUUUGUUUAAUCGAAUCCCUCUUUCUCAGUUCCUCCUCUCCCACAUUGUAGUGCUCGUUGUUUUCAUUGUGUCUCUUCCAUGGGAGGCAAUCCCUCUGGCAUCGCCAUGAUGCCGUGCAGUGCAUUAGAUUUUCCCAUAGGAAGACAGAUUUUUUUUUUUUGUUUGAUGAAGCCAUAGGAUUAGGAAGACAGAUUAUUAAAAUGGUGCACACAUGGUCGCCAUGAUUUUUAGGUGGGAGAAUUAGGAUUAGGUUCAUCAUUACUCACCCUUGUGUGUUGUUUUUAGAUAAUCUUAAACAAAGUUGGUUUUAGGCUGUUAGGGAUUAGGAUAAAGUAAAUGAUGCUUUAGCAUCAAUUAACUCACUAAAUCAGAAAAGGAAUAUUUGAGCUGGGCAUUUACAGCUUGAAAAUUACAGUGUAAAGUGAGUCCCCUUGUCUGUUGUUGAAACAUGAAAGUGGGAAUCGGCUUGGAAUUCAUAUUCUAACUUGUUCACAAUCAUGAAUCAGUCAAAGAUGGUCUCUAACAAGCCAUUUUUUUGGAGGAGAAAUCUACAUGAUUUUACUAUUUUUUCCCUUCAGUUUACUAUUGGUUUAGCCUGGCUAGACUGAUGUGGUGUAGUGGCUUUCCUGUUUUCAAAUUAAUCACAAAAUAUCUCCCCCUAGGAUGUCAGUUCGGGUCGGGUUCGGUUACCUAAACCGAAACAUGAAAAAACCCGAAAAUCCAAAACCGAAAAUCACUAAAACCGAACCCUAACUCGAUAAAGACUUGCGGGUUCC